AUGAACGAAUCAGGUCAAAGAGUGAAUCAAGUCUGUCCUGAAACGUGAUGAGUGGUUACCAUGGUUACUUCAGGUUUAACUCAGCUGGUAAAUUACCAUGGUAACUGGCUGAUCACACUACAGGAUCCUGACUGGGACAAAAGAGUUCAGAGUCUAUUAAUUGAUCUCAUUAAUAUUAAAGAUUCAUCUGAUUCAAUACGAGGAGACUGAGACCAUCAACAGAUACUUUAUGUUUUAUUAGAUCUAUGAUCCACACUGAUCAAUAUUCAUGAUGAUCAAUGAAGAGUUGACAUCACAUUAACAGUCUGACGUCACUUCAUCAGUUUGAUCAUCGUCAGACAAAAGACUCAGAUAUUCUCUCAACAGUGAACUUGAUCACUUCCUGUUUAUUUACAGUCCAUUAUCAGACUGACUGUAGAUCUAAUCAAUAUGUUGAGUGGUUCUUUUCUGUUUUUUAUUUUUCCUUCACGUCAUUAAACCAAACUGACCUGCAGGGGUCAGAGUUUCUUUUCAUAUCAUAUUAAAAACUUUAUUUAUGGUGUAAAUAAAUGGUGCUUGUAAUUAACGACUCAUUAAUGAGAUGUUAAUGAGAUGUGUUCCUGUGCAGGAGGCGGAGCCUUGGUUCUUUUCAUCUAUACAUUACACAGACCCAGCACUCACUACACCACUGACAAAAUGGUUUCACACUUUGUUGUCAUGAUAUGUUUGUUUAAAUUGAAAUAUUCUCACUUCCUGUCUGGACCUGGAGCAGCUUCGUAGUUUCAAGACGAUGUCACGUUUAGUUAAGACACAGAGAUAAAACAUCCUGAGUCUGAUUAACUCACUUCAUAGUUCAGAUACACACACACACACACACACACACACACACACACACACACACACAGCCUGGUACAACAGUAAACAAUAAAACAAUAAGUCUCUGUUUCUCUGCAGCUGAUCAAACCCACGUCUCUGCUGCCUCAGUCCGACAGGAACACCAGGACCGACAGGACCUCCAGGAACACCAGGACACCCAGGACCUCCAGGGACACCAGGACCUCCAGGAACCCCAGGACAUCCAGGACCUCCAGGGACACCAGGACCUCCAGGAACCCCAGGACAUCCAGGACCUCCAGGGACACCUGGACCUCCAGGGACACCAGGACAUCCAGGGACACCAGGACCUCCAGGGACACCUGGACCUCCAGGACCCUCCAAGACCCUAUAGGGCUUUCCCCGACUCUCUGGGACCUCCAGGACUUUCCAAGACUUUCCAGGACGUUGUACAGGAACAUGGACCCGAAGCAUCUGUCCUCUGUCUCUCAGCAGCAGGUUUAUCUCAGGACAAAGAGGACAAAGAGAGAAUGGAGACCGCUGGAGGACCGGAGCUGCACCGACCUGCCCUGGUUCCUGCUCUUCACCGUCUUCUGCGUCGGCAUGGGCAGCAUCUGCAGCUUCACCAUCGUCACUGGCGGCGCCGCUCGCCUGGUGUUUGGAUAUGACAGCUACGGAAACACGUGCGGACGACGCAAUGAACAGAUCGAGGGCGUUAGGCUCAGUGGCCUCGACCACACGGACAGGAAGUUCGUCUUCUUCCUGGAUCCCUGCAACAUCGACAUCGUCCAGAGGAAAAUCAGGUCCAUGGCUCUGUGUGUGUCUCUGUGUCCCACCGAAGAGCUGAAGACCUUCCAGGACCUGAGGACGUUCGCCAUGCUCAACGGUUCUGAGCUCUGUUCCUACGAGUUAGCGGGUCAUAAAUAUCCCGGUCUACCUGAGAGGUUCUCCAAAUGUCCCAAACUUCCUGUCCCACCCAGUAAACCGUUGCCGGUGUUUAACCGCUGCACACCGCUGGAUAUUUCCUGUUAUACAAAGUUUGCCGAGGCCGUGGUGACGUUUGUGGGCGACAACAGUUUCCUGCACCGGCUGAUCGCCGGAGUCGCCGCCAGCAAAGAGAUCAUCGUUGGACUGUGCGUGCUCGCGCUGGUCCUCUCGAUGAUCAUCAUGGUGAUCAUCCGCUACAUCUCCGCCAUCCUCGUCUGGAUCCUCACCGCGCUGGUCGUCCUCGGGUCUCUGGCGGGAACCAGCGUCCUCUGGUGGCUCUACAUCGACCACCGGCUGUACGGGAACGACACCUCCUUCAAAGUGGAGCGGGAGGUGAAGGAGGAGGUGGAGGUCAGCAGAGAUGGCGGACAGGCGCUGCUCGUCUACGCUGCCGCUGCCACCGUCUUCACCAUCAUCCUGCUGCUGCUGAUGUUGUUCAUGAGGAAACGAGUCGCUCUGACCAUCGCUCUGUUCCACGUGGCGGGAAAAGUCUUCAUCCACCUCCCGCUCCUCACCCUGCAGCCCUUCGUCACCUUCCUCGCUCUCCUGCUCUUCUGGAUCUACUGGAUCCUGGUCCUGCUCUUCCUGGGAACCACCGGGAACCCGGUCCAGAACGAGGAGACGGGGCUGACGGAGUUCAGACUGACGGGUCCUCUCCAGUACCUGACCUGGUACCACGCUGUGGGUCUGGUCUGGAUCAGUGAGUUCAUCCUGGCCUGUCAGCAGAUGACUGUGGCAGGAGCUGUGGUCACGUACUACUUCACCAGGGACAAGAACCGACUCCCGGUGACGCCGAUCCUGUCCUCGGUCCUGAGGCUGCUCCGGUAUCACCUGGGAACCGUCGCUAAGGGAUCCUUCAUCAUAACACUGGUCAAGAUCCCCAGACUCCUCCUCAUGUACAUCCACCAGCAGCUAAAAGGAAAGGAGAACGCCUGCGCUCGCUGUCUGCUCAGGACGUGUAUCUGUUGUCUGUGGUGUCUGGAGAAGUGCCUCAACUUCCUCAACCAGAACGCAUAUGCAGCCACAGCCAUCAACAGCACCAGUUUCUGUACGUCUGCACGCGACGCCUUCGUGAUCCUGGUGGAAAACGCUCUGCGCGUCGCCACAAUCAAUGCCGUCGGAGACUUUGUGCUCUUCCUGGGGAAGAUCCUGAUCGUGACGUCGACGGCCUUCGCCGGCGUCCUCCUCCUCAACUACCAGCGGGAUUACGCCGAGUGGCUGUUGCCUCUCGUCAUCGUGUGUCUCUUCUCUUUCCUGGUGGCUCACUGCUUCCUGUCCAUCUUCGAGAUCGUGGUGGACGUCCUCUUCCUCUGCUUCGCCAUCGACACCAAGUACAACGAUGGCACCGCGGGGAAGGAGUUCUUCAUGGACAAAGCUCUGAUGGAGUUCGUGGAGAGCAGCCGGCGGUUAGAGCGGGCGGUGGAGCGUGGGCGGAGUCGGGUGAAGGAGGUGGUUUCUGAGGGGGCAGAGAUGAAGCCCAUGGUGAGUGACGGUGGCAGUCUAGGGGGCGUGGUAAGGCAGAAGAGCUCAUCGGAAGAGGCAGGGCUGGAGUGUGGCGAGGGGGAAUGGGAGGAGCUUCAGGAGUUCCAGGUGUACUACCUGCUGGUGGGGCUGCUGGUGGACUGGGCGCUGACGGAGCAGAGCGGCUUCGUCCUGUGCCUGAGCGAGGAUGUCGUCCUCUUCCUCUGCAUCUACCUGCCCACCUCCACGCUCUUCCUGUUCGUCAGCCUGCUGUGCACGCCAAGCCCCGCCCCCUCUGCCAACACCGCCAAAUCAGCCGCCGUCACCGCCAAGUUCUAACAGACGCAUGCUAACAGACACUGUGUGGAACCACUGACUCUGAUGCAUGAUAACUCUUCAUCUUCAUCAUCUUCAUCAUCUUCAUCAUCUUCAUCAUCUGUUCGUUUUUUAUUUUUUCUAUCUUUAUAUUUGAAUGUUUUUCUUUUCCUCUCACCGCCUGUGUCUUUGAACUCACCACGAUGCUUUCAGGAGCAGUCGGACACAGCAGACGGGUUCUGACUUGAACUCGUAGUCUAUGAUGUCAUCACCCUCCGUCUGCUGCGUCUCAGCUCCUCCUCCAGGCGGAUGUCAGGAGGUCACAUGUCUGAUGAUGUCACACACGCGACCCCCUGCUCCUGACUACCCAGCAUGCUCUACCCUCUCUGGUGACAGACACUGGUAUUGUGUGUUUCAGGCUCCGGGGACGAGUUCAGCUUGACCACGAUCCUCUGGAGGGACUUGAUAAAAACAGAGAGACAUUCCAGAAGUUUAUUUUUACCAACGUGUAACAUGUUUACUAUGGUUUCACUCCAGGGAAAACAAUAUUUUAAUAAGAAACUGUAAAACGUAACUCUGUAAUCAAGCACUUUAUAUUGAAGCGCUGCAGAUUUUAAACCGGCUGAUGCAUUUUUUUCGUAGUGAUGUCGUUUUUUUAUAAAACUUACCCUGAACUCAUCGCUCAUACUUCAGUUCCUAACCGGUGAUUUUGUUCCGGAGACGAUCUGCGGGUCACUGACCCUCGCCUGGACGCCAUGUUGGAUCAGCAGCGCUGUGAUGUCACCAGAGGGGCGGGGUCUGCGCAGGAACAGCAGCCACAAAUCUCUGCGUCUUAUUGGAUGGAUGAGAUGAUGUUAAGAUAAAUAUGGUUAGCCACAGACGGACCACAGACGGGCCACAGACGAAAUAAUCUUCAAUUAAUGAAAUAAAAAUACUUCAAGUCACGAUCUUACGAGUAGAAGUACUCCGCUCCAAGUCAAGGCCCAAAGUAAAAGUAUUGGAGUAAAAGUACUCAGUGAAAUAACAGUACUCACCUGAUGAUGCGUUCACAUGCUCGUCACACAAAGUGACAAUUAAAUCAACAGCUGAACUGUGCCAUAGAAACAGAAUCAGAAGGAUCCAGAGAGAAGACGUGAUUGGCGGUUGACCACCAGAAGUAGUCGACCUCUCGUCAGACUUGCGGUGGGCGGAGCUUCUGGUGGAGAUGACGGCUGAGUUCAAACAAUCGGCAAUAAAACAAACUGCAUCAUGGGACAUCAUCGUCAUCGACAAUAAGUCUUCCUGCUUGAUGUCAAUCACGAGUGAGCAACUCCCAACGAGGCGGCUGAUUGGCCAACAGAAGAGACUGUGAUCAGUGUCCACGUCCGUAGGACAUCCAGUGAGCGAAUCAGAUCCUGACGUCUCCAGACCCCGCCCAGGUGAAUUCAGGUUCAAAACAGAGAAAGUAUCAGAGACGUCGAUCUUCACAUUUCAUACGUAACAAUUCCCAGAAUCCUCUGAGACUCCAGCAGCGCAGUCAGAGGUUCACAACAAUAACCCCAGAAUAAUUAUUACAAUAACCCCAGCUGCAGUUUUGUGAACGAUUAACUUUUGUUUCAUGAGCGCCGCAGUUUUUUUUCUUUUAGAUUGUUGUUUAACUUUGUAGAAAUAUCUGAAAAGUAACAUUGCAGUUGAAAACAUGAGUUAAUAUUUCACAUAUUCACAGAUUAGAUCAUCUGGAGCGUAACAUAAUGACGAUGCGCAGCUCUUCUUCUUCUGCAGAGGUAAAACUGCAGCGCCAGCUCCCCGUGCUGGUCGUCUGCAGCCGAGUCGCUCACAUCAGCCUCCGUCUCGUCACUGUGCCUCGGCAGCAGAGAUGUUUCCCAUCAUGCACCUGUUUCAAACAGAACAGCUGAUCUGGGAGCUGAGACACAUUCACACGAAUCAAGUUGUUGUGGUGAACGUGUCAGUGGGUCAGAGGUCACGUGACUCGACGCUCUGAGCUUGUUAACUAAUUGCACUAAAGAUGAAGUGAAGUAGCUGUGAAGUGUUUUAGAUGAAGUGUUUGUAGCUCAGAUAUUCACACACACGCGUCAUGUUCAAACGUCCUGUAAAAAUCCUUCAAUCUGCUUCUUUAACCUGGAACAUGUGACCUCUGUCGCCGGGCAGAUUGAACCUGCAGGAGCUGAAGGGUUUAAUUCCAGCGUCAGAUGAAUAUGAAGCAGGUGAUUGACAGUCAAUGACUUUGUGUGAAGGUUGUGAACAUGUUGUGUGACAGUCACUGGAUCAAUAACUACAACCUUCAUCUCAAAAACAUCCUGACAAAUGUCUGCCAGCAUGCUAACACGGCAGGCUAAUCGUUUCCUUUUAAAUAAACAAAUUAAAUUAAUGAACUGCGACUGAGCCGUCGUGAGAAAUCAGAGUAAGAAGUUAUUCAUAAUUAAAAUAUCUGGUGAAGCUAACGUAAUGUGUUCGUCUGGCUAACGUUUCAUUUGUUAGCAUUACAGUCAAAACCAGCUAACGUUAGCCCGCUCACUGAGCUAACACCACGUGUGAAUGUUUGCUAACAGCUACGUGAUGCAGCCUAUUUUAUUUUAGUGGCGAAACACGAUUUACAAACAGCUGGUUUCUUUAUUUUUAAUACAUUUUAUCAUAUGUCAAGUAUACAGCACAAGAUUUUUCAUUUACUAAGAAUCAUUUUUUACACGAUAAUUGAACUAAACUUAAACUUUGUAUUUUACAUGGUUCUUAAUAAAUCUGUUUUCUGUUAUAUGAAGCUUUUGGUUGCGUCUGUUUAACGUCAGUGUUCUUCUGAUUUAAUAUUCUCUGGUGAGUGACGAAGAUUAGUCCCAAGCGAAAUCUAAACUUCUUCACAACGCUGGAAUUAAACGUUUUAGCUCCUUUGUCGCCUGCCGACCAAUAGAGUCGACAGGGUCGUCAUCUGAUCCAUAACCAAAACGUUUCAACCAGAGUUAAUGUUGGAACAACAACGUUAUCUUGACUAAUCACGGACAAAUUCAUUUCUUCACCUGCGGAGCGUACAUAUUUAAUGUUGUCAUGGUUAUUAACGCUAAUGCUACAAUGUUAGCUUGUCACAAACUCAGUGAGGCAGAGAAGGCAUCUUGGAAAACUGUUAUUAGCUAAUGCUAUUAGCUAAUGCUAUUACCACACAUGGUUUGUGUUUUGAUUUCAUCAGAAUUAUUAAAUUAAUUUUCAUUCGUUAAAACACAAUAUUUUUGAUCUUUCUGCUGCUUCACUGAGUCUUUGAAUAUUGAUCGGUUGGAGCAUCUCUCCUCUCAUCUCUGAUUUCAGAUUUGGGUUGUCAUGGAGAUGAAGGUUCCGAGUUGUAGAAUCUGAUCCAGAACUAGUUGCAUGAAAACAUCAAUGAAUAAUAAUCAGCUGUUUGCGUUUCAUGGUUCGUCUCCACACAAGGACACGAGUCGAUUGUAACACGUGUGUAUCACGGGUGUGAACACCUGUGUAACACGUGUGUGUCACGGGUGUGAACACCUGUGUAACACGUGUGUGUCACGGGUGUGAACACCUGUGUAACACGUGUGUGUCACGGGUGUGAACACGUGUGUAACACGUGUGUAACACGUGUGUAUCACGGGUGUGAACACGUGUGUAACACGGGUGUUUAGGUUUUCUCUGCAGUAAGAACUUGUUUGUAACUCUGAAGAUUUGUUUCUUUUGUUCUGGGUUGUUUUUUUUAUAUUUAUGAUUUCUUAUGUAUAUUUGUUUUUUAAGAAAAGUAAUAAAAUGGAAAGUUAAAA